GUUUCUAAAGUUGCUACAAGUGCAUUACAACAAAAUUUCAUGCGACUUAAAAUGCAAUGCAAAUAGCAACAGAUGUGCGCUACCGCCGAUAAUCGGCCUUGACAGGGUUGCAUGCACGGUACAAUCGAACACCCACACCACAAUUUUUUUUUUGCGCUUUACGUUUGGCGUUCGCGUCGUCUACAUGUGAAAAAACGCGACCGCGACAUUAACCAAAGUGUAAUCAACAGCUCAACACUUUCGUUUAGCCUAAACAAGUCUUUGCCAACGCGCCGUGGCUGCGUCACGCGUGCGAAAUUUCUUUAAAUUUGUGCAAAUAACUCGAAUCACGGUUGGUGCGCAUCAGGAUGAGCAACACCACGGACUCAAAGGCGCCACUGCGCCAGGUGAAGCGCGUGCAAUUCGGCAUCUUGUCACCUGAUGAAAUUCGUCGCAUGUCCGUGACUGAAGGCGGUGUACAGUUUGCGGAAACGCUGGAAGGCGGUCGACCCAAGCUGGGCGGUCUUAUGGAUCCGCGCCAGGGUGUCAUUGAUCGCACAUCGCGGUGUCAAACGUGCGCCGGCAACAUGACCGAAUGUCCGGGACACUUUGGUCACAUCGAUCUGGCCAAGCCGGUUUUUCACAUCGGCUUUAUCACCAAAACGAUUAAGAUUUUGCGCUGCGUCUGCUUCUAUUGCUCCAAAAUGUUGGUCUCGCCGCAUAAUCCCAAAAUCAAGGAGAUUGUUAUGAAGUCCAAGGGUCAGCCGCGUAAGCGUUUAGCCUAUGUCUAUGAUCUAUGCAAGGGCAAGACGAUUUGCGAGGGUGGCGAGGACAUGGACUUGACCAAAGACAAUCAGCAGGUGGAUCCCAACAAGAAGCCUGGUCACGGCGGUUGCGGUCACUAUCAGCCCUCCAUAAGACGAACGGGCUUGGAUCUAACCGCCGAGUGGAAGCAUGUCAACGAGGAUUCGCAGGAGAAGAAGAUCAUAGUGUCAGCAGAGCGUGUCUGGGAAAUACUGAAGCAUAUUACCGACGAGGAGUGCUUCAUUUUGGGCAUGGAUCCUAAAUAUGCGCGCCCAGAUUGGAUGAUUGUUACUGUGCUGCCCGUGCCCCCAUUGGCCGUGCGUCCAGCUGUGGUUAUGUUUGGUGCUGCCAAGAAUCAGGACGAUUUAACGCAUAAGCUGGCGGACAUAAUCAAGGCGAACAAUGAGCUGCGCAAGAACGAGGCCAGCGGCGCUGCAGCGCAUGUUAUACAGGAGAACAUUAAGAUGCUGCAGUUCCAUGUGGCCACACUGGUGGACAAUGACAUGCCCGGCAUGCCGCGUGCUAUGCAAAAGUCGGGCAAGCCCUUGAAGGCCAUCAAGGCGCGUCUCAAGGGCAAGGAGGGACGCAUUCGUGGCAACUUGAUGGGUAAACGUGUGGACUUCUCCGCGCGUACUGUCAUCACACCCGAUCCCAAUUUGCGUAUUGACCAGGUGGGCGUGCCGCGCUCCAUUGCACAGAAUUUAACCUUUCCCGAGCUGGUGACUCCCUUCAACAUUGAUCGCAUGCAGGAGCUGGUGCGUCGUGGCAAUUCGCAAUAUCCGGGCGCCAAAUAUAUUGUGCGUGACAAUGGCGAGCGCAUUGAUCUGCGUUUCCAUCCCAAAUCUUCGGAUUUGCAUUUACAGUGCGGCUACAAAGUGGAACGACAUUUGCGUGAUGACGACUUGGUUAUAUUCAAUCGCCAGCCCACGCUGCACAAGAUGAGUAUGAUGGGUCAUCGUGUCAAGGUGCUGCCCUGGUCCACUUUUCGCAUGAAUCUUUCCUGUACCUCACCCUACAAUGCGGAUUUCGAUGGCGAUGAAAUGAAUCUGCAUGUGCCGCAGUCCAUGGAGACGCGUGCCGAGGUCGAGAACAUACAUAUAACACCCAGACAGAUUAUUACGCCGCAGGCCAACAAACCCGUCAUGGGCAUUGUGCAGGAUACGCUCACGGCAGUGCGUAAGAUGACCAAACGUGAUGUGUUCAUCACGCGCGAGCAGGUGAUGAAUCUGCUGAUGUUUCUGCCCACUUGGGAUGGCAAAAUGCCGCUGCCCUGCAUCUUGAAGCCGCGUCCAUUGUGGACGGGCAAGCAGAUCUUCUCGCUUAUUAUACCCGGCAAUGUGAAUAUGAUACGCACACACUCGACGCAUCCCGACGAGGAGGAUGAUGGGCCAUACAAGUGGAUAUCGCCUGGCGACACCAAAGUCAUGGUCGAGCACGGCGAGCUCAUCAUGGGCAUUCUCUGCAAAAAGACGCUGGGCACGUCGGCGGGCUCGCUGCUGCAUAUUUGUUUCCUUGAGCUGGGCCAUGACAUUGCCGGACGCUUCUAUGGCAACAUUCAGACUGUCAUUAACAAUUGGCUGCUGCUCGAGGGCCAUAGUAUUGGCAUUGGCGAUACCAUUGCCGAUCCGCAGACCUACAACGAGAUCCAAAUGGCCAUCAAGAAGGCCAAAGAUGAUGUCAUCAAUGUCAUACAAAAGGCGCACAACAUGGAACUGGAGCCGACGCCGGGCAACACGCUGCGUCAGACUUUCGAGAAUAAGGUGAAUCGUAUUUUGAACGAUGCUCGUGACAAGACUGGUGGCUCCGCCAAGAAAUCCCUGACUGAAUACAAUAACUUGAAGGCUAUGGUGGUGUCUGGCUCCAAGGGUUCCAAUAUUAACAUCUCACAGGUUAUUGCUUGCGUGGGUCAGCAGAACGUGGAGGGCAAGCGCAUACCGUAUGGAUUCCGGAAGCGCACGCUGCCGCAUUUCAUCAAAGAUGAUUACGGUCCCGAGUCGCGUGGCUUUGUGGAGAACUCGUAUCUGGCCGGACUGACGCCUUCAGAGUUCUAUUUCCACGCUAUGGGCGGUCGUGAGGGUCUUAUCGAUACGGCUGUCAAAACUGCCGAAACUGGUUAUAUCCAACGUCGUCUGAUCAAGGCUAUGGAGUCGGUUAUGGUUAACUACGAUGGCACUGUGCGUAAUUCGGUGGGACAGCUUAUCCAGCUGCGUUAUGGCGAGGAUGGUCUGUGUGGUGAGCUGGUCGAGUUCCAAAAUAUGCCCACAGUCAAGCUGUCGAACAAAGUGUUUGAGAAACGCUUCAAGUUCGACUGGACCAACGAGCGUUAUAUGCGUAAAGUGUUCACCGAUGAGGUUAUCAAGGAGAUGACCGACAGCACGGAUGCUAUACAGGAGCUGGAAGCGGAAUGGGAUCGCCUGGUUACCGAUCGCGAUAAUCUGCGUACCAUUUUCCCCAAUGGCGACUCCAAGGUGGUGCUGCCUUGCAAUCUACAGCGCAUGAUUUGGAAUGUCCAGAAAAUCUUUCACAUAAACAAACGUCUGCCCACGGAUCUGUCGCCCAUGCGUGUGAUACGCGGCGUGCGCGGUCUGCUCGAGCGUUGUGUCAUUGUCACGGGCAACGAUCGCAUCUCCAAGCAGGCCAAUGUGAAUGCCACGCUGCUGUUCCAGUGCUUGAUACGUUCGACACUCUGCACUAAAUACGUGUCCGAGGAGUUCCGUCUGUCCACGGAGGCGUUCGAGUGGUUGAUAGGAGAAAUUGAAACGCGCUUCCAGCAGGCGCAGGCAAAUCCUGGCGAAAUGGUGGGUGCACUGGCGGCGCAGAGUUUGGGUGAGCCCGCUACACAGAUGACGCUGAACACUUUCCAUUUUGCUGGUGUCUCCUCCAAGAACGUCACACUCGGUGUGCCGCGCCUCAAGGAAAUUAUCAACAUAUCGAAGAAGCCCAAGGCGCCAUCGCUAACGGUAUUCCUCACUGGCGGUGCAGCGCGUGAUGCGGAGAAGGCCAAGAAUGUGCUUUGCCGUCUGGAGCACACAACGCUGCGCAAGGUGACAGCCAAUACAGCCAUCUACUACGAUCCGGAUCCACAGCGUACGGUCAUAUCGGAGGAUCAGGAGUUCGUCAAUGUCUAUUACGAAAUGCCCGACUUUGAUCCGACGCGCAUUUCCCCUUGGCUGCUGCGCAUUGAGCUCGAUCGCAAGCGCAUGACGGACAAGAAGCUGACGAUGGAGCAGAUUGCUGAGAAGAUUAAUGUGGGCUUUGGCGAGGAUCUCAAUUGCAUAUUUAAUGACGACAAUGCGGACAAGCUGGUGCUGCGCAUUCGCAUCAUGAACAAUGAGGAGAACAAAUUCCAAGACGAGGACGAGGCCGUCGACAAGAUGGAGGAUGACAUGUUCCUGCGCUGCAUUGAGGCCAACAUGCUGUCGGACAUGACACUCCAGGGCAUCGAGGCCAUUGGCAAGGUCUACAUGCAUUUGCCCCAGACGGACAGCAAGAAGCGCAUUGUCAUCACGGAGACGGGCGAGUUUAAGGCCAUUGGCGAAUGGCUGCUGGAAACGGAUGGUACUUCGAUGAUGAAGGUGCUCUCUGAGCGCGACGUCGAUCCCAUACGCACCAGCUCCAAUGAUAUUUGCGAAAUCUUCCAAGUGCUGGGCAUUGAAGCUGUGCGUAAAUCCGUUGAAAAGGAAAUGAAUGCGGUGCUGCAGUUCUAUGGCCUCUACGUCAACUAUCGUCAUCUGGCCCUGCUGUGCGAUGUGAUGACGGCCAAGGGUCAUCUGAUGGCCAUUACACGUCACGGCAUCAAUCGACAGGAUACGGGCGCUCUUAUGCGUUGCUCCUUCGAGGAGACUGUCGAUGUGCUCAUGGAUGCAGCCGCGCAUGCCGAAACGGAUCCCAUGCGUGGCGUCUCUGAGAAUAUUAUCAUGGGUCAGCUGCCCAAAAUGGGCACCGGUUGCUUCGAUCUGCUGCUCGACGCCGAGAAGUGUCGCUUUGGCAUUGAGAUUCCCAAUUCGCUGGGCAGCAGCAUGUUAGGCGGCGCGGCAAUGUUCAUUGGUGGCGGUUCCACGCCCAGCAUGACACCGCCCAUGACGCCCUGGGCGACAUAUCAUACGCCGCGCUAUUUCCCACCUCCCGGACAUGUGAGCGCCAUGACACCAGGUGGACCAAGCUUCUCGCCCUCAGCGGCUUCGGAUGCUUCGGGCAUGUCGCCCAGCUGGUCGCCAGCACAUCCAGGGUCGUCGCCCAGCUCGCCGGGACUGUCCAUGUCGCCGUAUUCCCCAGCCUCGCCCAGUGUCUCGCCUUCGUAUUCACCAACAUCGCCCAAUUAUACGGCAUCGUCGCCUGGCGGCGCCUCGCCCAACUAUUCGCCCUCGAGUCCGAACUAUUCGCCCACGUCGCCGCUCUAUGCAAGCGCCAGUCCGCGUUAUGCAUCGACUACGCCCAAUUUUAAUCCACAAUCAACAAGCUAUUCGCCCUCGUCGACGGGCUAUUCGCCCACAUCGCCUGUAUACUCGCCCACGUCGAAUAUUCCAUCGAGUCCCUCGUUUGCGGGCACCAACAGCAACAUGUAUUCGCCUGGCAAUGCGUACUCGCCCAGCUCGUCGAACUACUCGCCGAAUUCGCCAUCAUAUUCGCCGAUGUCACCAUCAUAUUCCCCAUCGAGUCCAUCAUACUCGCCCACAUCGCCUUGCUAUUCGCCCACAUCGCCCUCGUACUCACCCACUUCGCCGAACUAUACGCCUGUGACGCCUUCGUAUUCCCCAACAUCGCCCAACUAUUCAGCGUCGCCGCAUUAUUCGCCCGCAUCGCCGGCGUACUCACAGACGGGCGUCAAAUAUUCACCAACAUCGCCUACAUAUUCGCCGCCUUCGCCCUCGUACGAUGGUUCGCCUGGCUCGCCACAAUAUACACCUGGCUCGCCGCAAUAUUCGCCGGCCUCACCCAAAUAUUCGCCCACGUCACCGCUGUACUCGCCGAGCUCGCCGCAGCACUCGCCUUCGAAUCAGUACAGUCCCACAGGCUCGACAUAUUCGGCGACAAGUCCACGCUACUCCCCCAACAUGUCCAUCUAUUCGCCGAGCAGCACCAAAUAUUCGCCCACAUCUCCGACGUAUACGCCCACGGCGCGCAACUAUUCGCCCACAUCGCCCAUGUACUCACCAACGGCGCCUUCACACUACAGUCCCACAAGUCCCGCAUACUCGCCCAGCAGUCCGACGUUUGAAGAAACAGAUGACUGAUCCGUUCGGAAAACCAGGAGCAGUACCAGGAGAAGCAACAGAAAAAAAGCAGCCGGCGGCAGCGACGGCGAUACGUAAUAGUUUUCCAUAGUUAAUUCCCACUGAUCUGUCCAGACGUCACUUAACAACAACAACAACAACAACAGCCACAACAAUAGGAUUGCUAAACUUAUAUAUUGUAUGCAAAGACGUAUACUCUAAAUAACAAUUGCGAUAAUUAUAUAUUCACUAUAUGCAGUUGUGUGUGUAGCUAACAACUCUUUUUUUAUAUUAUAGAUAUA